CACUGCAGAAUAAAAUAAAUCUGUUUCAUUUUAAUGAAAACUUUUGAGCUAAGCACACCUUCAGUCUGCAAUAUAAAUUGAAAAGUAGCUGUUCUAGAUUCGAAUGGUCUUGAAAGCCUUCUAUAAUGUUUGGUGAGAAAGGCUUAGAACUCAUUAGAGACUUGUACAGGAAUAAAGAUGGACCGAUAACGCCUUACAAUGAAGAUGGAGUUAGACAAGUACUAGAAGAAAUGCAAGUUCUUUACGACUCUAAUCAAAAAGAUGUUGCUGAGUUAGUGAAUCCAGAUUCAGAUCGAAGUAAAAUGGCAGCAGUUAAAAUACGACACAGUGGAUUGGAACGAAACAAGCGUUGCCUGCUGGCCUAUUUGUAUAAUAGACUUCAUAAAAUCAGAGAUAUGAGGUGGGAAUUUGGUAGUGUUUUACCUCCAGAAAUCAAGAGUAAUUUAUCGGAGAAAGAAAUUCAAUGGUUUACGAGAUACAACAGAUCUCUUGCCAACUACAUGCGAUCCAUCGGUGGAAUGGGUGGUCUUGAUCUAACACAGGACAUGACGCCACCCAAGUCAUUAUACAUUGAAGUUAGGUGUGUGGAGGAUCAUGGACAAUUUGAAAUGGAUGAUGGAACUGUGGUUUUGCUAAGAAAAAACAGCCAACAUUUUCUACCUCGAUCACAAUGUGAACAUUUGAUUAGGCAGGGGAUUCUAACUCAUGUCACAUGAAUGGUUGAGCUAAUGCCUUAUUGAUUUGAAUAGGGGUUUUGGUUACCAUGCCAGUGAAGUUGGUGGAUGAAUAUGCAGCCUAGACGACGCUGCAGCAUGUGAUAUUUUCUACUGUACCGAUGGCCAAAUAAUACUUUGUUAGAGCUUUAGGAUGAAAUUUUGUACUUCAUGAGAACAAUAUAUAUCUGUCUGACUU